AUGACCACGCCUACGGCAUCCAUGCUCAAAGCCAUACAAGAGUGUACGCUCCUCGAUGACGUUGAGCGGGAGGAUCCCACGACAAGUGACCUCGAAGCCCACAUGGCCGCCUUGACAGGCAAGGAAGCCGGGUUGUUUGUCAACUCGGGCAUCAUGGGUAAUCAGCUUGCCCUUAGGACUCUCCUUACGCAGCCUCCCCACGGCGUCCUGUGCGAUCAUCGAUCACAUAUUGUGCUCUACGAGGCUGGCGGGCUUUCCUUCCUGACGGGCGCCAUGCCCACGCCCCUCGUGCCCAAGAAUGGCAUCCAUCUGACACUGGAAGACAUCAAGCCGCAAGUCGUCCUCGGCGACGACAUUCACACCUGUCCCACGAGGGUGAUCAGCCUGGAGAAUACCCUCAAUGGCAUGAUCCUGCCUCUUGACGAGGCACGUCGGAUCUCUACGUUUGCGCGCGAGCACGGUAUCAAGAUGCACCUCGACGGCGCUAGGCUGUGGGAAGCCGUCGCCUCAGGUGCAGGCACGCUGAAGGAGUACUGCGCCCCAUUUGACACCAUCACCAUGUGUUUCUCCAAAGGCCUCGGCGCACCCGUCGGCAGCGUGCUAGUCGGCACAACAAAGGACCUGCACCACGCGCGAUGGAUGCGAAGGGCCAUUGGUGGCGGUCUCCGCCAGCCUGGCUUCAUCUCGGCCGCCGCACGGGUCGCCGUCGACGAGGCGUUUGGCACAAAGGGUGACGGCAGCGAUGGCUGGUUGCGAACGGCGCACGAUCUUGCCAAGAAGGUCGAAGCCAUGUGGCUGGAUAAGGGGGGCAAGCUGGUGCACCCCGCGCACACCAACAUGUGUUGGCUUGAUCUGGAUGCGGCCGGCAUCGAGGUGAAGCAGAUUGUCCAGGCUGGCGAGGAGGCUGGGCUACGGCUCUUUGGGGGACGGAUCGUGCUGCACUACCAGGCUGCGCAGCAUGGAGAGGAGAUAUUGGAGAGGUUGGACAGGGUGUUUACAAAGGUGCUUGCGGAGGCGACUGGCGUUUCGACGUUGGACAGGGUGGGCAGGGCCAAUAUGUACAGCGCCGAAUGA